CGGCUUGGAGCAGGAAGGCCAGGCUGCUAGGAUGGGCAUCGUGUUGACAUCCGAGCCAGACUCUUGGUAAAUAGCAGACUGAGAGGGGCUCUGUUUAUAGUCUGCGGAUGGCCUGGCACUGCCAUGUGGCACUGAGCUGCCGCCAGCUCCAGUGAAGUGCUCAUGACUGUGAUGCAGCUAUGUGGGUUUCCUGGCAAAAUUUGACUCUCAUAUCUACCUGGUGACAGAACCGUGGACAUUUAACUUUCUGUCACCACCUGACUAUAAUACAACACACCCUAUAAUCAAGUCAGCCAUGCUUGUUGCAGCUGAAUAACAAGUAGCAUUGGGGGGGGCGGGGGGAACAAGUUCUUCUCAACUUUCUUUUUAAAAGACGGCCAUGUCUGUUAGAAUGAGGAACUGAGCAGUGGGAAAAGUGGAAAGCAAGUGAGUCUGAAGGGGCCCGAGUGUUUGUGUUGGUAAAGAAGAGCCAUCCGUUCAGGAGGUUGGCGGCCCUGAGGAUGACGAGCCUGUUCAAGCGCAGCAGCAGCAAUGGAGGCUCCGGCAGCAGUGGAAGCGGGGGCGGCAGUGGUCAGGGGCAUCUCAACAACAGCAGGUCCAACCGGCAUGUCCGACGCCUGGAAUUCAACCAGGCCAUGGAGGACUUCAAGACCAUGUUCCCCUCUAUGGACUACGAGGUGAUCGAGUGUGUGCUGCGCUCCAACAACGGAGCAGUGGACGCCACUAUCGACCAGCUGCUCCAGAUGAGCAUUGACGGACAGGGCUCAGAUGACAGCUCGGACUCUGAUGACAGCAUUCCACCAGAGAUUCUGGAGCGAACACUGGAACCUGACAGUUCAGAUGAGGAACCGCCUCCAGUCUACUCCCCACCCACGUAUGAUAUGCACAUUUAUGACAGGAAAUACCCAGAAGACCCACCAACACCCCCACCAAGAUUUGAAGCCCAGCCUCCGCCAGGUCACCAGCAGGUCAGAAGUUACCGGAACUGGAACCCUCCUUUACUUGGAAAUCUCCCCGAUGAUUUUCUGCGAAUCCUGCCACAGCAGUUGGAUAGCAUAAAGCAAAGCUCUCAGAGCAGUCUGUCUCAGCCUUCAUCGUCAUCGUCCGUUUCUUCAAGAAGCCAAUGGACAGCCCAGUCUGGCUCUCAGUCCGGAGCUGCAGGGACCUCUGGAAGUCCAGGUCUGACGGCAGGAGCUACAGAGCAAGACAAGAAACUGAAGCAGUACCUUGAAGACGAGCGCAUCGCCCUGUUCCUGCAGAACGAGGAGUUCAUGAGAGAGCUGCAGCGCAACCGCGAGUUCCUCGUCGCCUUAGAGAGAGAUCGCUUGAAGUAUGAAUCAAAGAAAUCAAAGUCCACGCAUUCAUCUAGUAUGGAGAAUUUCACAGGAGAACAAUACUCUGCAGCUUCAAUGGAAGCGGUCUCAGACGACGCCCUUUUCAGAGACAAGCUCAAACACAUGGGCAAAUCAACAAGAAAGAAGCUGUUUGAAAUUGCCAGAACAUUCUCAGAAAAGGCGAAGCGGAGAAAGUCCAAAAGGAAGCUGCUCCUGAAGCACCAUUCAUUGGGUACAGCCAACUCUACGGCCAAUCUCCUCGACGAUGUAGAAGGAAACCCCUGCGAGGAAGAUGGUCAGCCCAGAAGAGCAAACACUCAGGAAGAAAAUGAGCAACGCAAUGAGCCCAUAUUAUGAUCCUCAUAUGCUGCACCAUAUCAGGGUUACCAUGGCGAAGCCAUCACGGCUCAUUGGUGGUGGCCUUGCCCUCUUCCUCGUCUCCACCAGCUCACCCCUCCCUAAUCCAAACCAGCCAAUGUAAGGCCCAGCAAUGAGACCCCCUCUUCCUCAGGGAGAGGAACUGGACUCUUCCCAGCACUCACCGAACUGUCUCGAAAUGCAUUCGCGUUGUAUUAUACCACUUUGUUAAUAUAUCAUUUUGAAUGUUAAGGCAAAUACAUAAGUCCUUCCCAGUAUGUGUUAACUUUAACCCCCUGAGAGGAACACUAGAGUAGUGAUGAUCUUGCCAUUUAAACCUUUAUUACUUUUCCAGACUUUAUGAUUGCUGCCCUCAGGCUUGGCUUUUCAGACUCUUUCUAUACACUAAACCAUGUAGAGCUUUUUUACCAUGUUUUCUUAUCAGAUUGUAAUAUUCUGCUGUUUACGACAGUCCGGGUCAUGUAUCUGAAAUUCGAAAGUGUGAGAAUAUUGUGGGCGUUAAAGUUGUGGCUGCCCAGAUGUCAACACUUGGCCAAUGUGUGCCGUUGAUCAAAAGGACUAUCGGGAGAACGCCUGUUUGGAGCAGUUUACUACUUUGGCCCGGUGAAAACUGUGCCGUUCAAUCUAUUGAAGCACAGUAGUCAGAAUAUCGGACCAUGGUGACCAUGAGCAUCACGUGGAUGAUGUCAUAAUGCUUCAGAUGGGUUACGACAUAACAGCAUAUUGUUGUCAACCUUCAGUUGCUUUCCCACACAGCAAUAGCAUGGCAUUAAUACAAAUGAGCAUUCUACCAUCCUCCACUUCUUAUCUUGUGGUGUCAAUUUAUAAUGGAAGCAAACCAGCAGUGUCCUAGAUGGUGGGAAACCAUUACUGUCAACAGUGGCACGCACGGUUCAAAGGGAAUUGGGUACGCCCAUUCCAGAUGUCAAUAUCUACCUCCUCCUACCCAUAAACCCUUUCAUGUUUCAGGUCCUGUUGGUUUAGAAUAGAUGAUGUUUUCAAUGCUGCCACAUCCUGAGCUAAGAGAUGUAGCUCAGUAUCACAGGAGGGAAACCGAUAUGCGCCACAUGAGCAGCCAGGUUCUGACAAGCCCGUCCCUAGCUCCGAUAUCAGAGUUCAUCAUUUCCAGGGAAUAUUUUAGCACCCUGUUGACAUCUUCCACUUUAACAAUAAUGGGAUAAUUUAGCAAGCUAAUGAAGUCGCCAAAGGUUCUUGCCAGCAUAAUACUGCAUAACUUUCUAAUUCAUUAAAUUCCAUUUAGGCGAUUGUUUUUCUCGUAAGUGACAACGGAAAGUCAAUGGAGAGCGAUGCAUUGUUUUCCAAUCCAGUGUGAGCGGAACUCCAAUGUGUGUCGUCGCUGUGGCACAGAGCUGCAUUUUUGGGCCUUGCUGUCGUUUCUCCUUUUGGGGAAUAGCAGUGAUCUCACCUCACCUACUGGACCACACUAACAGAGUGAAACCACUGCUCUGGAAAAUCUUAAUACUGUCAACAAUGGUGUCAUGUUUGGGCAUGAGAGAAUUAAUUGUUGUUUUUUCCAAAUGAAUGCUGGAUAUGUUUGGGGGGAUAAUCCUUCUGAAGACUGAAGUUGGACCUUUCUACUGGUCCUUCUAUUUGUAUGUGUAGAUGUGAAACUAGCAUGGAUUGAAGAGGCAGUACACGUGUGAGGGGAGGUUAGAGUAACUGUUUUCUCUCACUCUGCAGAACAUGUUUUUUAUCGUGUCAGAAAAGCUCCACAAAUGAACCUUUCUGGAUUGUUUUCUCGAUCUUGUGUGAGUGUGAUCCGUCACGUAUCUACUAUCCCCUUUGAUUAAACUACUUAAAUGUGCUAUUUGCUUAUUUAGUGAUUAACAAAGUUUGGAUGACUAACUGAUUUUAAAUAAGGAAUUUGUUGAAGGCCCUCUGCAUGUUUUAGACAGUUAUAUACUGAACAAUCUUCUUUUUUUUUUUUCAAAGGAACAUAUGAACAACUGAUCAAAUGUGAACAGUGCCACAAAUGUCACCAACUAGAGUUGAUUGAUCUUUUCCGUCCGCUGGUGGGAGCAGCUGUUUUCAGUGCUAGUCUACCUGCUCAGCCCCAAACAGCACGCGGGCCCAGGGAGGCCGAGCAGGUGAACACACGGGAACUUCUAGCAGCUAAGAAGUCCCCGACUGUUCUCACAACUCUGCUGCUGCCAGGUGGCCAACACAAUAAAUGAAUGCAGCUUUAAGAGAUGUGCUGCAACAUAAACCAGGUAGCUGGGGUCAAAGGGCCAUCAGGUCCAGGUGCUAGAUCCUAAAGAGCAGUGAGAGUGCAGAACUUCAGUGAGUCAUGACACCAACGCUGCUUCAGACUUAUGCUGGCAGGUGGACUGUGGAUGAAGGACUCCGGUGGUGUCGGUGUCACUAAGGGGUGGCGUACUGGCAGGCAUUGUCCUUUUUAAAACAUGUCCGCUUCCCUGGUUGUGCUCGUGUUCAUCAGACUUGUGGGAACAAACCGCCGAGUCCCGUCCUCCAGAUUUAGGGGACAGAUCCCUCAUCAGGUCGAGAUGUGAAGUGUUCACUCAUGACGUCGCUGCUUCUCAUGUCUCAUUCAGAUGAUGUCCUGAUGUCAACCGUGAAAUCCAAUUAGACCAGCUUGUUUGAAAGCUAAACAUAACUAUGUUUACCCUUGUGUCAAAGUGAAAUUAAACAUAUCUAAUAAUGAUAUAACUUUA